UUCACUUUAUUUCUCUGAAAGAGUUCUGCGCAGACAGUCGAGCCACUGCGCAGCAAAAUCCAUAUUCCAUAUUUCCUCGCUGAGAAUACAAAGUCUGUGUCUCAUGUUCUGCGGACGUCCUUGUCGUGAGUGCAUCAUUUACUCGGACUAUCAGCGUUAAGUCAAACACUGAGACAGAAAAAAAAUUUUCUUUAAAUAACUAUAAAUGCAAACGAAAAUUGGUAUAUAAAAUUGUACUCGUCCCCGCCAGGCAUCGAACCUAUGACUCCUCGGCCUUACGCCUCACCUGUAUCAUCGCCGCCACUUCGUACAUACAGACGGCUCGUAGUCGUAAUGAAUAAUAUAUCAAUCAUCCCACCACGAAUGUGUAUCAUAUACACAGGAAUUUAAAUAGAAACAUCGACCUUUCAUGUAAAAAAAUGUGGUAAACAAAAUGUACAAGCACAAAAUUUAUAGAAACUAAUAUAUAUAAUCUUCGUACGCCAAGAAACAUUUAUCAGAUAAAAGUACACAAAAAGCAAUGGAGCCACCUAGCCGGUUACAGCCGAAAAGAGAACAACAGUUGGUUCUUUGCAGUCCGUUUAUCACAGUCGAAACGUUGCCAACGUCAGCAACAGAGCAUCAUAUUCAAACACAAAAGCAAACGCAGGAACAUGUUGUUCGAAUAUCACAAUAUACAAAAAGCUCACCACCAUUGAUUUCACGUCAAACGUUCAUGCAACCCUCAACACAAAAAAAUUUGGGUACAUUAACAACAGUAAAUCGAAGUACCACUAACAAUACGAACGAUGAAAGCAGUCCAGCAUUGGCUUCAACUGCAGCAACCAUUAAAGCCACUACACAGGCAGCUACUGGUUUCAGUGGCAGUUCGUUGGGGCAUAACUAUCGACAGCACCAUCAUCAGACGCACCACCAGCAGCCUGGUUUAAAUAACCAUCCCAGUCAUGGUAGUGAUACUGGAUUCAGUGGCUUCUCUCAACUAGCCCAUCAGCAAACCAUUGAAAAGCUUUCUCGUCCAAUGGCUUUCGAUAAGAUGGAGGUUCUAGUACGGGAAAUGCAAGAUCAGGAGCAUGGUGUGCCAGUUCGUCAGCAAAAGAUGUUUCUUACAUCUAUUCCAUAUGCUUUUAUGGGGUAUGAUUUAAUUGAAUGGCUUAUGGACCAUCUCCAAAUAGAGGAGUCGGAGGCAUUAAACAUUGCCAAUCAGCUGUGCCUACAUGGCUACUUUUUCCCCGUCAAUGAUUCGAAGACUCUGACAGUUAAAGACGACUCAUCUCUUUAUCGCUUCCAGACUCCUUACUACUGGCCCUGGCAACACAAGGCACCGGACAAUGUGGAAUAUGCUAUUUAUUUGGCAAAACGUUCACUUCGUAAUAAACAGCGCCAUGCAUUAGAGGAUUACGAGGCUGAGGCUUUCGCCUCGCUCCACAAGAACCUUAAAGGCAAGUGGGACUUUAUUUCAAUGCAAGCAGAGGAGCAAGUACGCCUUGCCAAGGAGCGUAAGAAAGGGGACAAAAUUGUAGGCGACUCACAAGAGCGUGCUUAUUGGCGCGUACACCGUCCACCACCUGGGCAAUUUACACCACUUGAGCCGUGUCCGGUGCCGUCACGAGAUCGUCAGGGCCAGAAACCUAACAAAAAAAAGACUGUUGAUGAUAUACAACGUGAAGUGGAAUUUCUGAGCAAAACCCUAAAUAGAACACGAAUGAAAAUGUCACAAGCCUGUGAAUCGCUUGUUAGCUACUCGGAGACGUUUUACGAGUACGAUUUCUUUUUGCAGCCAGCGCUGCCUUCCAAUCCUUGGGUAACUGAGGAUAUUACAUUUUGGCAGCUAAACAAUACGUUUGUGGACAUACCUACAGAAAAGCGUGUAAAACGAUGGGCUAUUUCUAUAGAAGAACUUGUGUCUGAUCCCACAGGGUUGCAGGAGUUUACUAUGUUUUUAGAAAAAGAGUACUCUCACGAAAACAUACGAUUCUGGAUUGCAGUCAAUCGUCUUCGUCGAGCAGCUCACUCGCAAGUGGCGCGCAAUGUUAACGAGAUAUUUGAAGAGUUCCUUAAACCUGGAGCGCCUUGCGAAAUUAAUAUCGAUGGCAAAACCAUGGAAAGCGUCCUACGUGGUCUUCAAAAUCCUUCGCGAUUCACUUUUGACUCUGCCUCAGAGCAUAUUUACAUGCUUCUUUUAAAGAAAGAUUGCUAUCCACGCUUUAUACGUUCAGAUCACUACAAACGACUUAUUGAUAGUGGCAUCCAGCCAUCGCAUAAAAAACGUUUCUUUAAUUUUGGAACCGUGAGUGGAGCGAAAAAGAAGAUGACUGCCGCCCUUUCAAGUCAACCAAAUGUAGGCGAGGUGACUAAGAACACAUCUACAGCCGGUACAGCUUGCGGUAUUUGUCCUGUUACCAAUACACCACCUUCAGGUAAUCUAGCGCGACGUCGCGGUAGCGACCGCAGUCUUUCUGGCUCGGCGCUUGAGCUAGCAGUCAUUGCUGUCGAUAAGAGUGGUAGUUCCAAAGUGCCGCACUCUCAUUCGCAAAAUAAUGUAUGUGAGCUUUCUUACAGAGAAUCACCGAACAUAAAACUCGUUCAAUUAGACACUUCUGUGGAUAUCCAGCCAGCACUAUCAGAUAUUUUUAUAUGUCCAUGGGAUGAGCCAAAUAUAAGUUUAGCAUCUGAUGUACCUGUGAUUCCACCUAAUAAUAUAAAUAUAGCUGUUCUAUUACCUUCUCGGUCCAGUAGUACUAAUGUCGAUGAGCUAUCAAUGCCGUUUAACAGCAAUUCAGAAAGCUGUGAAGUUUUGGAACGUAUGCAACGGAACUUUUGCAUACGACAUCAGGCAACCAAAGAUUGUGCAGAGGCGUGCUUACGGAUUCCAACAGCAAACUUAAUCGAGCAACGUCGUGCUUCCAUUUCGUUAACGCACAGCAGUGCGUGUGAGUAUCAGAUCGCACCCAUCAAUUCCUCCUUGACCUCAACGUUACCCAUCGUUAAUUCCAAUUGUCAAUGUGUAGAUAGCAGCAGAACUAUUACUGAAGACCUACAAGUUGUCAGUGAAGCGGAAUGCAAAUCGAUGUCAAAUUAUAGUAGUAAGACUUCUGAAUUUGACUUUUCUAAUUUGCCCAUGGCAGAAUCGUUACCGAGACUACCGGAAACAACCAAGAUUCCUUUACAAAGGGAGGAUUACGAAAUACUCGCUCCAGCAGUCAAGCAGCAACACUCGGUCUCAACAAUACCUGUGAAGCAAUUGUACAACGAGGGCGGCCCUCAGCUUUGCGCCAUUGCAACCGCACCUUCAGUAAAAAUUGAUCGUCAGCUUAAAUCAGACUUAGAUGUAGUAAAAGAAGUUAAAAUUGAACUAAUCGAGUCUUCCGUCUACAACAGUGGUACUACAAAAAAUUCUUAUAUGUGUAGCAAAGAAGAGUUAGGAAUCGUUUCAAAGAUAAAAAUCAGCGCAGCGCAGUUAACUGUAGAAGCAAAUGUUGAGUAUCAUAUUCAGGAAAAUGCAGAUGUUGAGUUAUCGCCCACUACUGAUGAGUAUCAAGAAGGCACGCAUUUUGGAAGUAAAGACGUAGUUUUCGACUAUGAUAUUAUAGAAACAGAGAGAUAUCUAGGAUAUACACCGCCAGCACCGACGCCAGUGCCUUCUAUGGCACCGCUCGCUGUACUGGAAGUCGAUAUAGUGGAUGAAGAACCCGUUAAUGAGUCUGCAGCGGCUAGACCACUAACGCCUGCAUUAAGUAACGAUGACGUUUGUCGUCGGCGUAAAAAACGCAAUGCUACAGUUAAGAAGCUUAGCUCAUUUGAUGAACGAGAUAAAAUGAAUGAAAAGCCUACCACCUCCGCGCAAACAACAACUGAUGAAGCCGAACAUAACGCAGUAUGUCCCUGGGAAGAUGAAAACGUUAGCACCAAUGAUGGAACAUUUGUGAAGACAUAUGCUACGUUGGGAUAUUUAUGAAUAUUUAUGAACCAUCAUAAAAAUAUGCCACAGCUUACAAACAGUGCGUGUGAGUAUCAGAUCGCACCCAUGAAUUCCUCCUUG